ACAUUAGCUAGCGCUCGCUCAACUCUCUCUAACGGGGAAGCAGCGGACUACAAGAGACUGAACUGUAUCUGCCUCUUUUUUCCAACAGACUCACGUUCAACUUGCGCUCAUAAAAAAAAAAAAAAAGCCGCGAAAAAUUUUAUUAAUCCUUUUUUUAAAAAAAGUUAAUAUAAAAUAUAGCAAAAAAAAAAAAAAAAAAGGAACCUGAACUUUACUAACACAGCUGGAACAAUCCGCAGCGGCGGCGGCGGCGGCGGGAGAAGAGAUUUAAUUUAGUUGAUUUUCUGUGGUUGUUGGUUGUUCGCUAGUCUCACGGUGAUGGAAGCUGCACAUUUUUUCGAAGGGACCGAGAAGUUGCUGGAGGUUUGGCUCUCCCGGCAGCAACCCGACGCCAACCAAGGAUCUGGGGAUCUUCGUACUAUCCCGAGAUCUGAGUGGAACAUACUUUUGAAGGAUGUGCAAUGUUCAAUCAUAAGUGUGACAAAAACUGACAAGCAGGAAGCUUAUGUACUCAGUGAGAGUAGCAUGUUUGUCUCCAAGAGAUGUUUCAUUUUGAAGACAUGUGGUACCACCCUCUUGCUGAAAGCGCUGGUUCCCCUGCUGAAGCUUGCUAGGGACUACAGUGGGUUUGACUCAAUUCAAAGCUUCUUUUAUUCUCGUAAGAAUUUCAUGAAGCCUUCUCACCAAGGGUACCCACACCGGAAUUUCCAGGAAGAAAUAGAGUUUCUUAAUGCGAUUUUCCCAAAUGGAGCAGCAUAUUGUAUGGGACGUAUGAAUUCUGACUGUUGGUACCUGUAUACUCUGGAUUUUCCAGAGAGUCGGGUAAUCAGCCAGCCAGAUCAAACCCUGGAGAUUCUGAUGAGUGAGCUUGACCCAGCAGUCAUGGACCAGUUCUACAUGAAAGAUGGUGUUACUGCAAAGGACGUCACUCGUGAGAGUGGAAUUCGUGACCUGAUACCAGGUUCUGUCAUUGAUGCCACACUAUUCAAUCCUUGUGGGUAUUCAAUGAAUGGAAUGAAAUCAGAUGGAACUUAUUGGACUAUUCACAUCACUCCGGAACCAGAAUUUUCUUAUGUUAGCUUUGAAACAAACUUAAGUCAGACCUCCUAUGAUGACCUGAUCAGGAAAGUUGUGGAAGUCUUCAAGCCAGGAAAAUUUGUGACCACCUUGUUUGUUAAUCAGAGUUCUAAAUGUCGCACAGUGCUUUCUUCGCCCCAGAAGAUUGAAGGCUUUAAACGUCUUGAUUGCCAGAGUGCUAUGUUCAACGAUUACAAUUUUGUUUUUGCCAGUUUUGCUAAGAAGCAGCAACAACAGCAGAGUUGAUUAAGAAACAUGAAGAAAAAACGCAAAAAGAGAACACACAUAGAAGGUGGUGGCCGCUUUCUAGAUGUUGACACUG